AAUUUCAUAUGUUCGUUUCUAAUUUUUGAUUGAUCUGAUCUUUGAAACUCUCUCCAGAGACCUCUGUUUAUGGUUUUGCUGUGCUGUGUGGUGGUCACAAUGGCUGAAAAGAAAGAAAUAGUUGAGGAAAAGAAGGAAAAAAUUGAAGUGAUUAGUGCUGUUUACAAAGCUAAUCUACAUUGUCCACAAUGUGCUCAUGAUAUCCGAAAGCCUCUCCUUAGAACCCCAGGGGUUCAGAGCGUGGACGUCAAAUUUGAAAAAGGUGAAAUUACAGUCAAAGGUGCCAUCGAUGCGAAGAAAAUCCAUGGACAAUUAGAGAAAUGGAGUAAGAAAAAGGUUGAGCUAUUAUCCCAGGCCAAGUUUAAGGAAGCAGAAAAGAAGGAGACCAAAAAGGAAACUGUGAAGACAACAGUUAUAAAGGUCUACAUGCAUUGUGACCAAUGUGAGCGUGACCUGCGAAAUAAAUUAUUACGACACAAAGGUAUUCACAAUGUAAAAACAGACAAAAAAGCUCAAACAAUUACAAUUGAAGGAAUCAUUGAAUCUGAGAAACUCUUAACAUACAUGCAAAAGAGGGUACACAAACAUGCAGUCAUUAUACCUCCGAAAGAGAAGAAAGAAGAGAAGAAAGAAGAAAAGAAAGAAGAGAAGAAAGAAGAAAAGAAAGAAGAGAAGAAAGAUGAGAAGAAAGGCGAGAAGAAAGAGGAAACAAAAGAAAAAGUUACGGUGGAAGUGAAGACCAAAGAAACCACAGAAGUCAUAGAAUUUGAAAAAGAGAAGAAAGUGGAGGUGAAAACUGAUGGACAUGCUCCAUAUUUCAUUCACUAUGUCUAUGCUCCUCAGUUAUUUAGUGAUGAGAAUCCAAACGCUUGUUCAAUAAUGUAGAUGAUUAGGACAUUAAAG